GCGGCGGCGAAAGCAAAACACAGGGAAAAAAAGGGAAUGGUUAACCUUCACUGGCAAAGGAGAAAGACAAAUGCAGGGUAAAAAAUAAAAAUAAUACAAAAAACACGAGAGGAGGAAGGUGGAUGUAAACCAAUAUUAGUACAGCGCUUACCAAAACUGAAAUUUCUGGGUAGUAUUAAAGCGUGCCAAAGUGUGUCCCUUCACAGGGGCUGAAUGGAUAACCAUGGCAACAGUAGCAGCAGCAAUGCGCUGCUGACAGUGACAGACAAUGCACAUUGAAACGCGUAGACCACUGCAAUAGACGUUGUUACAGGUAGGGGAAAGAAAAGAGAAAAAGGAGAUCAACGGGUCGUGCUGCAGUAAGUGAGACAGGUGAUGAGCUGGAAUAGAUCAUGUCUGAAGUACAGGGAACCAUUGAGUUUUCUGUGGAACUGCACAAAUUUUAUAAUGUGGAUCUUUUUCAAAGAGGGUACUACCAGGUGAGAGCUGCUUUGAAAAUAUCAUCUCGUAUUCCACACCGACUGAUAGCAACAACAUCAACAACCACAGCAGAUGAAUCUGCAGGGGACUCCAGCUCCACUGCUGCUGCCUGUGUUCAUGACAAUACAGUGUUCAGCAGGAUAUUCCAGAUCCUGUACAGAAAUGAAGAGAUCGUUGUCAAUGAUCCCAUGAACUUCAGGGUUCACUUGCUCCUUGAUGGAGAAAAGGUGGAAGAAGCCCUGAGUGAAGUGGAUUUUCAGCUCAAGCUGGACCUGCAUUUCACUGACACUGAGCAACAGCUGAGCGACAUUGCUACAGUUCCCAUGAUAAGCAGUCGGACUCUUGGCCUUCACUUCCACCCACGGCGAGGCCUGCACCACCAUGUUCCUGUCAUGUUUGACUACUUCCACCUCUCAGUCAUAUCCGUCACCAUACAUGCUUCGCUGGUUGCCUUACACCAACCAUUAAUCAGUUUCACUCGUUCAGGAAAGGGCUCAUUGCUGGGGAAAGGUUCUGUCGAAAAUGGAGCAGAUCAGACCACCAUGUCUUUAGAGAACCUAAUGUUUGGGGCUGGAUACUGCAAACCUGUUAUAACAGAGGGCAGUUUCUAUGUCCCUUCUGAAAACUGCAUGCAGCGUGCAUACUCUUGGCACAGGAGGCUUUGCUGCCUGCUGUUGAACGCACACAGAGGACUGAGGACCUACUACACUGGCCUGAUGAAGCAGAUCCCUGAGCUGCCACAAACAGAGAUUGAAGAACUUCCCAUUGAGGAAACACUAACACAGCUGUCUAUUGAAUUGCAGGUGCAGAGUAGUCAUGAUAAAGUUGUGGAGCAGAUUAGCAGAGAUUUGACUCAGCUCUGUUCCCACCUGGUGGCUCUUUGGAGCCAGUUUCUAGACACAGUUACUCUUCAGGCUGAAGUUACAUCCUACCUGGCUCAGGAACACCACACGCUAAGGGUACGAAGGUUUUCAGAAGCAUACUUUUUCUCAGAACAUCACAAACGUGCAUCUCUGACCUUCCAAGAAGAGCUGAUCCAGCGACAAAAUCAGAUUGCAUCUGAAGCUCGAGGUUCAGACUAUCUCACUAAGAUGCCUCCUCUGCCUGCUGAGUGCCUGGAUAUAGAUGGGGACUGGAACACUCUUCCCAUCAUCUUUGAAGACAGAUAUAUAGAGCUCCCCAGUGUGGAUGAGGACUUGGGCAGUGCCACACCCUCCGUCCCACAUGUGCCCACUGCUAAUGGAAACAAAGAAGACAAAGAGACCACUUCUUUAGAAGAAUUGGAAAUGGACAGAAAAGCUUCCCCAACAAGGAAGCAUGAUUCUGGAAAACCACCAAUGAAUGAAAACCUUUUGAGAAGUUCUAAUUGCACAGAUCUGUCAGCAAAUGUUUCUUUGAGCGGAGGACAUGAGGAAAGUAAUAAUAACCUAAAAGCCAGUGAUUCCCUAGAAAGCAGUGCAAUGAGUAAUUCUCAGGAUAAUGAACCUAGUGCUUCAGAGCUGGAGGGAAGGAUUGAUCCAACGGGGGGAAACAACAGCUCUAACACUGGUCUGAAAUAUAUUGAGGUCAGGCCAAGUGAUACAGACCCAUACAGAGGAGAAGCAGUGUUAAUAGUAGCAACAUCAAACAAAACUGAGUCCACAGACUUAAACAGGGCUGAGAGCUUAUCUCUAUCUUGUCAUUCAAAUGAGUUGGAAGAGAAAGAGCAUGAAAGCAGUGUUUUAGUGAAGAAUAAUCUAAAUGAGCUCAAUGAGUAUGAAUCCAAAUCCACCAAAAAUUUAACAGAGGUAACACCUCAUGAGGGCAAGCUUUAUGAAAAUGAAGACAUGCUGUUAUUCAGUUUGUCUGUCACAGAUACUUCCAUCUCAGAGAUGGAAAGGACAGUAACAGUGCCAAGCAAAUGUGAACCAGCUGAAAAAGAAUCAUAUGGAGCAGGAAAGGAUGGCUUCACCGGGAGCUUAAGGACCAUGAAGCGGUCUUCUUCUGUGAUUUCUGAUUCCGGAAUUGAGAGUGAGCCCAGCUCAGUAGCCUGGCUGGAUGUUCGAAUCAGACCUCAGGACUUCUCCAGUGAGCGGGACCUGCUGCACCAGCUCGUAAGAAGGCACACCAUGCACCGAAACUCCCUGGAGGGGUGUCAGACCGAAAGUAACGCAAGCUUACCCAGUGGGAUACAGGCUUCCCUGACGUCCAUCAGCUCCUUGCCCUAUGAAGAAGAACAGGAAGUGGAACUCAGCAAGCUGACCAAAUCUGUCUCCGCUCCUCAGAUAAGCAGCCCUGAGGAGGACCCAGAAACGAACCAAGACCCGAGACAAAGGGGCGAUGAGUCUCAAAGCUGUACAGCUGUGGGAGGAAACGUAAUGAGACAAAAUGAUCGGCCAUUUGGAAAUGCGUAUUCUUUGGAGGAUAUCCUAGAAGGGGACAUGCCAGAGUGUUUGAAAGUCGGUAGGCAGAGUAGUAAAAAUGAACACGGGGACAUAAACAUUCUUGAGGACUAUAAUUGUUCCAAAGAAAUUAACUUACCUAAAAUUCUAGAAAAACAGGUAGUUCUGUGCACGGUGGAUGCAGUAUUACAAGGUGUUCCAGAGGCGUUUCUUUUUAAAAAGAAUGUUGGUGAAGAACUUCCAAAACACACUAGGACUCAACCUGACAAAGCAGUAUUUUACACAUCAGCUAGUUCCCGUAUAACCCAAGAGAACUACAAAAAUGACAGUGUGCCAAAUUGUGAUGUUCAAUUGGACAGUCAAAAAGUCCCACACCUCAGUGACCAGAUGCCAGCAUUUGAUUUAAAAGAAGGUGAUCUAAUUGAAGGGGAGUUUGGGUCUUAUUUGGACAGCACUAACAAAGCAAUUCUGUGUGAAUCAGAUCAGAGUUUCCACCAAAUAGAACUGAAUGAGGAGGAUAGACUGGAGCAAGUCCACUACCAUGAAUGUCAAGACAUUGAAAAGGAAAACGGGCAUGAUCCCAAAAUUGAUAAAUGCAAUGACCAUGAACAUCCUGCUUUGCCCAGUCUAGGGAAAUCUUCAAACAUUCCUAGCUCGAGCUUGGCAUUCAUGAACAGGAAGGUAGUAGAGGUGGUUAACCUAUCAGUUUCGUGCGCCCCAACUUGUCUGCCAUUCUCUUCUGUGCUCAGGGAUUCUCCAUCUGUCAAUGGGUUUGCAAUAAGGCAGGCAACAUCGCCCAUCACCAGACAGCCUCUGGGCUCAUUUGGUGUGAUCUCUUCUAAUUCCUUUUGUGUGGAUGAAGAAACCAACGAGAGAAUGCUAAAUUUCUAUAAGGCCAAAGAUGAUCUUCUGAAUGAGCUGAGGUUUCGAGGUACACUGUACAGCGAUCUGCCCCAGCUGGCCUCUGAUGUGCCGUAUUUCCCACCUGAGGAAGAGGAAGAUAAUUUUGAGGACGGCAUUCAUCUUGUAAUCUGUGUUCAUGGACUGGAUGGAAACAGUGCAGAUCUGCGGCUGGUGAAGACUUUUAUUGAGUUGGGGCUGCCUGGAUCAAAACUGGACUUCCUGAUGUCAGAAAGAAACCAGACUGACACCUUUGCUGAUUUUGACACAAUGACAGACAGACUUUUGGAUGAGAUCAUUCAGCACAUUCAACUGUAUAACCUCACCAUAGCCAGAAUAAGCUUCAUUGGGCAUUCAUUGGGCAACAUCAUCAUUCGGUCGGUGCUGACGCGACCCCGCUUCCGAUAUUACCUCAACAAGCUGCACACGUUCCUGUCACUGUCUGGACCCCACCUGGGAACGCUCUACAACAACAGCACUCUGGUCAGCACAGGUCUCUGGCUCAUGCAGAAGCUGAAGAAAUCUGGAUCACUGUUACAAUUAACCUUCAGAGACCACUCAGAUUCCCGAAAAACCUUUCUGUACUUGCUAAGCCAGAAGCCAGGACUGCAGCAUUUUAAGAAUGUUGUGUUGGUGGCAUCUCCACAAGAUCGGUAUGUUCCCUUUCAUUCUGCACGGAUAGAGAUGUGCAGAACAGCUUUAAAAGACAGAGGCACAGGCCCAGUUUACGCAGAGAUGAUCAACAACCUGCUACAGCCCUUGUUAGAUGCCAAGGAGUGCAAUCUGAUUCGGCAGAAUGUGUUCCAUGCCCUGCCCAACACUGCCAACACCCUGAUCGGACGGGCAGCCCACAUUGCCGUGCUCGAUUCGGAGUUAUUCCUGGAGAAGUUCUUCCUGGUGGCUGGACUUCAUUAUUUCAAAUAAUAUUCUCUCACGUUUUGCAUAAUGUGAGCUUAGCUGUGUAGCAUGACAGUAUCCUUUAACAAAUUAUCCAAUUAGCAAAUUAAUAAAAUCAAAAACUGAGAAGCUAUAGAUUCUGAAGUCACUGGUUACCAAGCAAACCAACUCUUACUGUACUUUAAGUUACUUGAAAGCAUAAUAAAUCGAUUUAAACUGGCGUUAUAGAAGCAUGAUGGUAAUGUGUGGUAACAGUGUACAUUACUUCACUUGGACCUAAUUUGCAAAAUUAACUGUUUUAUAGGCUACACAUAUAUUAAUUGAUGACAAAAUAUUUUACUAACUUUUUAUGGUCAUAUUGUAUAUUCUCUUAAACGCCAGUUUAAAAUGCGCAAACUUUAACUAUCAACACAUGCAGUCGAUUGGCUUCCUUUGGCCUGGUUUGAGAUGAAAAUCAAGUAUUUUUACGCAUUUUUAGAAUUUGCAUUGUGUUUGGGCUUUUACAGGGUUUACAGGGUUUCUGCUAAGUUUAUAAAGGCACGAGAGAGGUGUGGAUGUAUCCAGUAAUGCCAUCAAGAAUUGUAUGAACAUACCCAUAUCUAUAUGUAUUUAAUUUGUCCUUUGACAUGUUUUGAAAUACCAAGACGUGGUUGAAUGUGAAGGAUAUUGAACUAGUUGCUCUCCAUAGCUGUGAUUUUCAUCCUCCUGAGCAUAUUGUUCAGCUUGUUUUGCCCAGUCUUCUCUUUUUAGUUCUCUUACAGUAUAAUGACAAAAAUCAGACCAUCAGAAAUACGAAUGGCUCAGAAGUCUGUACAGGCUUUGGUAUAGAAAACAUUGUACUGUACUGGUAAAGUACUGUACACUGCAGUACUGUGAAACUGAAACAGAAACGAUGCUUCAAGUAAAGCUUAACCCUGUUUAAAACUACAUGCAUACAUUCAUUUGUAUGACCAUUUUUCUGUUAUUAAUAUUACACCAGCUCAAAGUAUACACAUGUGUGAAUCUUAUUUAAACCAAAUGCAAAUUCAGCAAUAGUAAUAAAUAAGUCGAGUUGGGGCUAGCGCAUUGCUUAAAUAACGUUUAUAUAACGCAUUCGAUUUUGAAUGGGAUCAAUAGUAUUACAGUUACUUUCCGCAAAAAAGAAACGCGCUCGUCUUGUUACCUUUUCUCUGUUAUACACCUUCAUUAGUGGUCUUUUCUUGUUUAAAGCCAAAGUCAAUUUCAGUUUUUAAACUCUAAGCAAAUAAAAUAUCUAAGUGAUGUGUCAAAUGUGAGUUUCCUUUCAAUAACUGCCAAAACCAAUUUCAGAAAGCAGCUCACAGAAUGGCUUUCAUACAAGCUUUAUCGGCACAGAGGUCUUGGUUUCGUUUUUAUCUAGCUAAUUGCAUGCGUGCGCACUGUGCAAUCAUGUUAACUGGCUUGCAUACAGUGCUUAAUAAAGGCAGAACAGAGAUCCCGACAGGUACACAAACAGCUUGUUCUUCAGUAACCGCAAAAAUAUAUAUAUAUAUAAAAAAAAACAAAACAUUAAAAGAUCAGUGACAAAAUAAAGUAUCAGGGCCUACCUUCUAUGGUAUUGCCACUACUUUGUGAUGACUGAGGAUGAUAGCAAAAAUAUCAACGUCAAAUGAUGUUCGUUAUACUAAGACAGUUAAUACAAGGAAUACAACAGAACAGCUUGUGUGUUUUUAAAGAAAGCGGGAAAUUAAAAAACAAAGCAUUUCUCAAAAAGGUUAUUUUUAGAGUUGUGUGCAGGUUUAUAGUGCCUUUUAAAAAGUACCAAAACAGCAAAAAAUGUUUGCAGUGUAGAUUUCCGUAGUUCACAUCAGGGUUAUUUAUUUAUUUUAAUUGUAAAGGUGUUUUAAAGAUUGUAUUAACAUAUUUAAAAUCUAUUCCUAUUGUGUUUCUCGCAACAGUAGUCACCUAACGUUGCACUAUAAAGCGUGUAAAGAUUAUAAAGUUGGAUUAGAAUUAUUUUUUGAAAGCAUUUUUCACAGCUAUGUGCAGUCACAGCAUUAUCAUGUGGCUUAUCUAUCCCGAGGAUACCAUUUUUCACAGCUAUGCGCAGUCACAGCAUUAUCAUGUGGGCAGCAUGGGCAGCAGUGUGGAGUAGUGGUCAGUGCUCUGGACUCUUGACCGGAGGGUCGUGGGUUCAAUCCCCGGUGGGGACACUGCUGCUGUACCCUUGAGCAAGGUACUUUACCUAGAUUGCUCCUGUAAAAACCCAACUAUAUUAACAGGGUAAUUGUAUGUAAAAAAUAAUGUGAUAUCUUGUAACAAUUGUAAGUUGCCCUGGAUAAGGGUGUCUGCUAAGAAAUAAAUAAUAAUAAUAAUAAUAAUAAUGUGGCUCAUCUAUCCCCAGGAUACCAUUUUUCACAGCUAUGUGCAGUCACAGCAUUAUCAUGUGGCUUAUCUAUCCCUAGGAUACCAUUUUUCACAGCUAUGCGCAGUCACAGCAUUAUCAUGUGGCUUAUCUAUCCCGAGGAUACCAUUUUUCACAGCUAUGCACAAUCACAGCAUUAUCAUGUGGCUUAUCUAUCCCGAGGAUACCAUUUUUCACAGCUAUGCACAGUCACAGCAUUAUCAUGUGGCUUAUCUAUCCCGAGGAUACCAUUUUUCACAGCUAUGCACAGUCACAACAUUAUCAUGUGGCUUAUCUAUCCCGAGGAUACCAUUUUUCACAGCUAUGCACAGUCACAGCAUUAUCAUGUGGCUUAUCUAUCCCUAGGGUACCAUUUUCCAUAGCUAUGCGCAGUCACAGCAUUAUCAUGUGGCUUAUCUAUCCCUAGGGUACCAUUUUCCAUAGCUAUGUGCAAUCACAGCAUUAGCAUGUGUCUUAUCUAUCCCUAGGAUACCAUUUUCAAUAGCUAUGCGCAGUCACAGCAUUAUCAUGUGGCUUAUCUAUCCCGAGGAUACCAUUUUGGCUCUGUUAUCUUUAAAGCAGUUUUUAAAAAAGAGACAAACAACAAACAAUAUGUGCAAUUAUCUAAUUCAACACAGUAUACAAUGCCAGAAACGUUAAAAGAAUCCUUUAAUUAAUGAAGGUAGCCUUUUGUUUUGUCAUUUGGUACUUUUUAAAAAACCCUAUUUAAAACGUAACCCAAGGAUAUGUAUUAAUACAGUAAUAUGCAUUGAAAUACAUCCCAAAGUGCAAUAUUAGUGUGCGAUUCAUAAGAUUUUCAUAAUCUUGACAUAAUAAAAAAAACACACAGUUUUCUAAUAGUAAUAUGUAUACAUUUUGCAAUUAGAAAUAAGAAUAGGAUUGUAAAAAAAAAAAAAAAGUAGGUCAAAACACAAAAUAAUGUGAUAUUUAACAAAGCCUUAUCAAAA